UGAGUCUAAGAGUCAGAGUUUAAUAAUCUAUAAAUAAAAGCAAGACACGAUUUUUUUUUUGAUGUUUCUCAAAAAAAAAAAUGAAAAAGAAAGAGAAUUGAAUUAUUUAGUGGAUGUGUUUACGAGUUUAUUUUUAAAGAAAAUUUGCGAUCUAAAGAUGAGAAAGAACGAGAAUAAUUAAAAAAAAAUUAUGCGUAUGUGAUUUGAUAACACUUGUGAGUUAUUUUGUGUUUUUAAAAUAAUAAAAAGUGACAAAUGCUAAUAAGAAAUUUAGAAAAAAAUACUGCAAAGAAAGGAAGCAUAUAUGUGAUAAUAUUUUCUGCUUCACUCACCAACAUCCCGUGAUAUUUUCUAAAAAGAAAAUUAGUAAAUUAUUCACUGUAAAAGAGAUAAAUCAGCAAAGAAUGGUCGUCCUACAAAGAUUAUCCUUUUUAAUUACAGUUUUCAUAUUUUACAAAAUUGAACAAAUCCAUGCUUCACAUCGAAUAGGUGGUGACUUUUUCUUUCAUGGAUCAAGAGCGCCAUGCACAAAUGAAGGCGAAGAAGUUCGAUUAAGUGGAGAUUUAGAUGUAAACUGUUUUCGAUGUAUAUGCCAGAACGGUUUCAUUGAAUGUGAAAAGGACAGUUGCCCACCUGUCGAUGACUGUUAUGCUUUAGUAAAAAAAUCCCCUGGAACUUGCUGUGAUAAAUGCAAAGAAUGUACAUUCAAAGGCCAGAUUUUUCAAAGUGGAGCCGAGUGGAGUGAUCCCGACGAUCCAUGUUCUUAUUUCAAAUGCAUAGCUGGAGUUGUGACGGAAUCGUUACUAGAAUGUUACACUCCUUGUAAUGAUCCUUUACCUCCAAGACAAGGUCAAUGCUGCCCUACAUGCUUAGGUUGCCACUUAAAUGGGCAAACUGUCUUAGAAGAACGAGAAGUGACAUUGACAGAAGAUCCUUGCGUAAAGUGCCAAUGUAAUGGGAAAAGAUUGACUUGCACAAAAAAAGUUUGUCCCGUGCUGCAAUGUCCCCCGCACCUUCAAUAUACUCCACCUGGAGGUUGCUGUAAGAAAUGCACGAAAAAUAUUAUUUACACCCCUAUCAAAGGUGGUUGUCUUAUGAUGGGAGAUUUUUUCCCUUCAGCUAAAGAUAAAAAAGUUAAGCCAGAUGUGUGUUCAACAUGUACAUGUCAUAACGAGACAUCAGUCUGUCUUAAGCAGUCAUGUCCCGUACUCGAAUGCUCACCAGAACAUCAACUCACACAGCCAGGAGAAUGCUGUCCAUCAUGUCCGAAACUUGACACUGAAUUUGUCAGCUCUACAUGCGUCUACAAAGGUGUUACAUAUCAGAACAAUCAGACAUGGAAUCUCGGUCCAUGCCAAUCAUGUGAGUGUAAGGCUGGUGAGAUUCGUUGCGCUCAAACUCAAUGCCCUAAAAUUAAAUGUCGUCCAAAUGAAAAUCUUGUUAUACCAGAAGGUCAAUGUUGUGCCAAAUGCAUUGAAAGCCCUUCUGUUUGCACAGUAUUUGGAGAUCCACAUUAUAAAACAUUUGAUGGGAAAUUUUUUAGUUUCCAAGGUUCCUGUAAAUAUCAGUUAACAGCUGAUUGUGUUAAUCAUACAUUCUCUAUUAGAGUGACAAACGACGCUAGACAAGCUAAACAUUCCAGUUGGACAAAAACUGUCACCUUUAAAAUGACGAAUAUAAAAAUCAAUUUAGGACAAAAGCUUCGGGUCAAAGUGAAUGGAACGAGAAUUCAACUGCCAUAUAAUAUUGAAAAAUUGGUGAAGAUUUAUAAGAGUCGCGAUGAUGAAGUCAUUGUUGAGUCACAUUUGGGAAUAAAACUCAUCUGGGAUGGAUAUAACUUCCUUCAAGUUGAGGCGCCAGUGAUCUACAAAAAUAAGCUGUGUGGUUUAUGUGGAAACUACAACAACAUUUGGCGCGAUGAUUUAACAUCAAGGACGGGAAUCAACAUGGCAGACUGUGAUGUUAGGAAAUUUGCUGAUAGCUGGAGAGUAGGUGGAUUAAGAGCAUGUGUUCGAAAACCAAAUGAACAUCAUCAGACACCGCAACAGUGCAUUAAUGGAAGAAAGAAGCGCGCAUUGAAAUGUCACGAAUUGAAACUUCACAAUGUUUUUGGAAAUUGUAAUAGUCGCGUGAAUCCUGAUAAUUAUUUUGAAUAUUGUUUGAUGGAUAUGUGUGAAUGUCCCUCACAAAUGUGCUAUUGUGAAAGCUUCACUGCUUAUGCACACGAAUGUGCACGAAACGGAGUUGAUCUUCCGCAUUGGCGAAACAAUGCAAAAUGUCAGCUCAGUCAUUUGUACAACAGAAACUUUCAAAGAGCCGAGAAAUUUCCACGAAUUAGGAAACAUAGAAAUCGAUGGAAAAAACGAAAAACAAAAGAGAAAAAUGAAACUCCUGAACUUCUACAUCGACAAACAAUUCCCAAAGUUUUUAUAUCUGGUCAUCGUACACCACCGCCUUUGCAGUAGAAAAUAUUUCUGUAGUCAUAGCUUCAAUGGCAUUCUGGUUGAACAAUUCUUCCUUGCUUGACAAGUGUAUGAUACGCAUAAGUGUACUUUAUGGCUAACUGAACAGAAAUACUUACCCAUAAUGAAGUACAAAUCUCAUUCGACGAUGAAGAUAUAAGCUUUGGAUAGAAAUAUAUCCAUUAGCGAUAAAACAUUGGCUGAGCACCAAACAUCUCAACACAUUAUAAAGAUGCUUUAGUGCUUAGUGUCGUACAUUAUCCAUUUGCUUUCGAUUAUAAAUUCAUAAAGAUCUGCAUAUGCUUUCAUGAUUGCAAUUAAUAACAUAAAUGUGGGACAAAGUCCAAAAAGCCUUCUACAUUGGCGACAUGAUGUCUCGAGAUCUCCCCUCUAAAAAAGCUCUUCUUUUACUAUAAAAUAAUUCUAUAUUCUAUGCGCAAAAAUUUAAGGAAAAGCUGAAAGCCAUAAAAAUCAAGAUAAAAACUAUGUAA